AUGAGUGCUGUUACCACAACUAUUAAAACGGAGCACUGCUCCUUCACCGAUUACAGGGUUUACCCCGGUCGUGGUCAAAAGUUUGUCGCCAGGGACGGAAAGGUCUACUUUUUCCUCAAUGGUAAAUCUGCAGCCUUCCAUAAGAGGAAGGUGAAGCCUGCAAAGCUCAAAUGGAAUCUCGCUUGGAGGAAAGCCAACAAGAAGUUCCAAACUGAGUUGUUUAACAGAAAAAGGUCAAAGAAGACAGCUAGGCCGCAAAAGGCUAUAGUUGGCUUAUCCUUAGAUGAUUUAAAGAGUAAGAGAUCACAGGCGACUAAGCCCGCGCCAAAACUGAAUGUGAAGCAGGCUUUUGUGAGUGAGGCCAAGGAAAAGAACAGGAAGUCCUUUGACAAGCAGAAGGUUCAUUCAUCAAGGGCCAAUGUUCCUAAGAAGUUGCAGCGUGCCACAACUAGAAACUAA